AUGCCAAAGAAUCGGGCUGAGGUUUUAUUUGUGUCCGUUCUCCAAGUGAUCUCCACGAUGGUGUUCAUGAUUUACGUGGGCGAGUUUUCCAACAUCAUUCAGUAUCAGUCUUACCGUUCGUUCGGCUUCUACAGCAAGUAUUUGGAGCUUCAGGAGUUCCUCAAGAACAAUCGUGUGUCCAGCAACUUGGUGAAGUUGGUAAACAAAUAUUCGCUUCACUUGUGGCGGGAGUCGCGCGGGGUUCAAGUGCCGCACUUUCUGAAGGCGGCACCACACUGUCUCAGGUUGAGGCUCAUGUCUGCAGCAUUUGGGCACCACUUAACAAAUAAUUCGAUUUUCAAAAACUGUGAGGCUGCCUUCCUUCGGCAGCUGGUGGGAUGUUUGCGUUUGUAUACAUACAACAAAGGUAUGUUCGUUGUAAGAGAGAGUGAAAUUACAGACUCUAUGUAUUUAAUACACACGGGACGUGUAGAAGAAAGUAAAGAUGAAGAUAAUCAAAAGAAAACAUUUUAUACUGGCGAAUGCUUUGGCAUGUUACAAGGUACUACGCAUGAGCUACCAUACAUGCAUUCAUACUGCACACUUACAAAAUGCCAAAUUCUUACAUUGAACCUGAACGAUUGGGAAGAACUUUUAAAACAUUUUCCAGCAAGUAAGGAUACUAUCUAUCGAAAUUUGUACCGCGAUGGUAGUCCUCCCAAUCCCAUAAAACGUAAAAUGGACACCAAAGGCAAAAAGGUUCGUAAAGUCGCAAUCAUAAAUUCUUAUAACGAAAUUUCUUCGGACCAUAUCAGUGACAAAGCAACUGAACCAAUGAUUACUUCUCCAACUGAACAUAAAUAUACAGAGUCAGAACCAAUUGAUAAUCUUGAAGUGGUAUCAUCAUUACCUUCUGAAGAGUUUGUGUCGAUAUUAAUAUCCGACCCUGCAUCAACUAAUUUAAUAUCAGAAAAAAUAAAGCUGGAACAAAUUUCUGGGUCUCCUGAUAACAGAUCCAAGUUAGACAAAAGCAAUACACCAAAAGAAAUUGAUAACCAAGAAAUAAGUAAUAAAUCUUCAAAAGGGCAAGAUAAUACAAUUCCAACAAUGGCAUCCAUUAUAACAUUGCAAGGCACAAAAAAUACAACAUUUUCAAAUUUUACUAUCAUAAGCACCGGUUCAACUAAUGCAGAUAGUUUACUUCAAUUAGAGGAUGAAGAAAUUACUUCUGAUCUUAUAGCAAAACUUGACAGAGUCAAUAAACCGACAGCCAGUACAUCAAAUAAUUAUGAAACUAGUGCAACAGAUAAGCAAAAUUUGAAAGAAAUAAAAUAUGCAGAAGCCGAUGCUGAUGAAGAAAUUUCUAGCUAUGAAAUGAAAACUGUAGAAGAGUAUAUAUUUCAACGCCAGGAACCAGAUGACUCUAUAUCUUUAGAACAACAACAGGCAAAAUUCUCACCAGAAAAGAAAGAACUAGAUAAUCUUCCAACAAGUUCGCGCGCCAACAGAUAUUUGUAUCGCGUUCGUUACAAAGAUGAAAAUUCCAAAGAUGCAUCUCCUAAUGAAAGUGUUACCAAGGAAGGUCCUUCCGAUGAUACGUCAUCCAACAAAAUGAAAAUAAUGUCCACUGAUAGCAAAACAACUGAUGAUCCGAAAGAAAAAAAUGAAAACACAACAUCUGGUAAUGAACGCAAAAAUAUGAAACAGAGCAAAAAGAAAGAUGACUGA